AUGGCUGCCACUAAACGACUUCCUGAUCUGGUUCCUUCUCUGUGUUCAAAUCAAGACAAAGAUGACUGGGGACUAACGUCUUUUAAAGAUAUAAUGGGCUCUCCUGAUGAAGAUGAUAUGGCAACCGAGGGUGGCAAGCUCGCGGUGGCUGCCGAUGUUUCCGAGCCGGCAGAAAGCUCAAUGUCUGGCAGAGAUAGUGCCAACCUGCUAUUGGAUAUUUCUGAUGACGGAAGUGACGGUGAAGGGGUCAUGGGCAAUAAGGACGUCAAACGCAAAGCCUCUAUGGACCAUUCCGACAAGCAUAAUGCAAAGAUUCCAAGAAUCGGCAGCCAAAACCCCUCAGAAUCUGCCGAAAUUCCCACAGAUAAUGAUGAUCAAGCUUCCAUUGCGAGUGAAGCUUCGAACAAUGCAGAAUCUCCUACUGAGGACAAUGAAGUGCAUGACAGCACAGAUAUCCUUAAAGACAAGGGCCACUCAACUGUCGUUAAUCUGCUCGAAAAGAGACUAAGAGGAUCUAGGGGCAUCAAGUCGCAGGAAAACCUCAAAUACUGCCUCAGAAUGAUAGAUGUUUUGAAAUUGAAGUACAAAGAGGCGUUGGGCUACAAGGAAAAAUCUAGAAAGGGCCGCAAGGGAUGCCACCCGUUCACUAAAGAAGAGUUUAUGGCACGUCUUGGUGGGCGACUUGGAGAAGAGGAAAAUAUUCACCCUUGGGCGACACCAUCAGAUCCGACUGGUAUACCAGGUCUUGUUAUGAGAGCGUGGGAUGAAAUUAGUCAAUGUCAAAUCAAGGACCCACGGUGUGGCUUUCUUUCUGGUUCCUCGGACGCCUAUCUCGAUGACUUCGAUGGACGCAAGCUCGCCAUUACAAGGCACUCUGAAUGGGUUCAGCGUAAGAAGACUGCCUUCAUCUCAACUACGAGUAGCCUAAAAGAAAUCUUUAACACGCGCAUUCCACAUUUCAAACGACGACAGGAAAAGAAAAAGAUACCAGAUAACACUAAGCUCACGCUUAUCAACACACGGGCUCGUCUGGCUGCUGGCUUACCAAUUCUGAGGAUGGAGGAGGAGCUUAAAUAUUAUAAGGUUACUAACACGUAUGGCAACCCCUUUGAUGUUCAGUAUAGGGGCAACAGCUUCUACGAGCACGAGUAUCUUAUGCCUUUCUCUAUCGGCCCUGAGCAGAUCGUAGGCACUUGGGCUCUCCGAGACAUCGAAGCAUGGAUUGCAAAUCACGGCGGAACCUACGAAAACUGGUUUGAUAUGGUUGGCAUUCCAGCCUUCCAAGAGCACGAGAGAGUGAGACUCGGGGGAAUUGCGACUGUAUGCAAGUCCGGCUGCGAUUGCUGCGGACAGUGA